UCUCAUGCUAUGAUGGCUCUCUCUAGAGUAUUCCCAGUGUUUUACCUGGCUAUUGUUUUGGUUUUGUAUUGCCAGUGCCAAAGCCCAGCUCCUGUUGGAGAGUCAGCUUCUUUAGACAUUCUUACAGAUAAGGAGGCAUUAACCGCGUUUAAGUCCCUCAUCGCAACAGACCCUUCCAACAGUCUUUCUUCAUGGGGCCAACAGUCUUCACCUUGCAAUUGGACAGGAGUCACCUGCAACAAAUCCGGGCAAAGAGUGGUAGCUCUUUCUCUUGGAGACCUUGGAUUAACUGGCUCCAUCACUCCACAUCUCGGUAAUCUUUCCUUCCUUCGCUUCCUUUAUCUCCAAAAUAACAAACUUGCAGGAACUCUUCCUGAUCGAAUUGGGGCUCUCUCUCGUCUGCAAGUUGUAAACAUAAGCUCCAACCUCAUAGAGGGUCCGAUCCCACCUAACAUAAGCAGGUGCUCGGACCUCAUGGUCCUUGACUUGACGAGCAAUCAGAUAUCAGGAGGAAUUCCUCCAGAGCUUGGCGCCCUCUCAAACCUACAAAUCUUGAAUUUGAAUAAAAACCAGCUUUCUGGUACAAUUCCACCUUCCAUAGGAAACCUUUCUUCACUCACUACUCUAAACUUAGCCACCAAUUCCCUUGGUGGGUUGAUACCCAGUAACUUGGGCCGUCUUCAAAAUUUGAAAAAGCUGGAACUCUCCAUCAACAUUCUUACAGGCAAUGUCCCUCAACCCCUAUACAACAUUUCCUCCCUUGUUUUCUUUGCUUUGGCUUCAAACCGCUUGUGGGGUAAAAUACCAAGUGAUUUUGGCAAUAAUCUCCCAGACCUUAUUGACUUCAAUUUUUGCAUCAACAACUUUACGGGUGGAAUUCCAGGCUCACUACAUAAUCUUACCAAAGUCAAAAGCAUUCGGUUGUCCUGGAACCUUCUUGAAGGAUCAGUUCCUGGAGGCUUAGAAAACCUUCGAGACCUUGAAAUGUAUAAUAUUGGAUUCAAUCGGAUUGUAAGCUCUGGUGAUUCUGGUCUAAGUUUCAUCACUUCCUUGUCCAACAUUUCCCAUCUUCAAUACCUCGCCUUAGAUGGAAAUCUUUUGGAAGGUAGGAUUCCAAAAGACAUCGGCAAUCUAUCAACAACUCUGACAAAAUUAUACCUGGGAGGGAAUCGGAUAUAUGGUAAUCUACCCCCGUCCAUUGGCCGUCUUAGAGGCUUGGCUUUGCUAAACGUUAGCCAUAAUUUGAUCUCUGGGGAAGUUCCAGAUGAAAUUGGCCAACUAGAUCAACUGCAGAUGUUGGGUUUGGCUGGAAAUAAGCUUUCAGGCCAAAUUCCAGAUUCUCUUGGUAAUCUGAACGACGAGAUGAAUGCAAAAGUAGGGGACUUUGGUCUCGCAACUUUGAUGGUUGAGACAUCCACUCAACAACAUUCUACUACCACUACAUACGGCCUCAAGGGCUCCAUAGGAUAUAUACCUCCAGAGUAUGGAUUAGGUGUUAAACCAUCACCCAGAGGAGAUGUUUAUAGCUAUGGAGUGAUGUUGCUAGAGCUCUUCACAGGGAAGAGCCCAACCCGCCAAGAGGAAUUUCACAGAGAUGUGAGUUUAGCCGAGUGGGUGCAAUCGAUGUUCCCUGUCAACACUAAAGAAGUUGUGGACCCUGAACUGCUACUGCAAGUGGAUGGUGUUCACCAUGCCGGUCUACCUUUAAGCCCUAAGAUUGAGCAAGCUUUGGUCUCUAUAUUAGGGAUUGGGUUAUCAUGUGCCAUUGAUUCACCAGAAUUGCGCAUGAACACGAGAGACAUUCUUCAAAAAUUGAAGAGCAUAAAAGAUACUCUUAUCAAUUAAAAGCGAUGGAAUGAGUGAAAA